CAAAGCAAUACUAGGUUGUAUAGCCACUUCUCAAUCUUCCCCAUUAUUCUCAGCUCUCUCCAACUCUUGCUUUAGUCUCUUGCAAAAUCAACAACAAUAAUGGCUCCAAUCCCCGGUGUAAUGCCAAUUGGUAACUACGUCCCUCUGUAUGUAAUGCUCCCGUUGGGAGUUGUGAAUGCAGAGAAUGUUUUCCCGGACAAAGAGAAGGUGGAAGGCGAGCUGAAGCAGGUGAAAGCAGCGGGGUGCGACGGGGUAAUGGUGGAUGUGUGGUGGGGGAUCAUCGAGGCCAAAGCCCCAAAGCAGUACGAUUGGUCUGCCUACACCGAAUUAUUCCAGCUGGUUAAGAAAUGUGGACUCAAAAUCCAGGCCAUCAUGUCUUUCCACCAAUGCGGCGGCAACGUCGGCGACGCCGUCUUCAUCCCCAUCCCUCAAUGGAUACUCCAAAUCGGCGACAAAAACCCCGACAUCUUCUACACCAACCGGGCCGGUAACCGAAACAAGGAGUACCUCUCUCUCGGCGUCGACAAUCAACGUCUCUUCCAGGGCCGCACCGCUCUCGAGAUGUACAGGGACUUCAUGGAAAGUUUCAGAGAUAAUAUGGCAGAGUUUUUGAAGGGUGGAGAUAUUGUAGACAUUGAAGUAGGGUGUGGGGCUGCCGGAGAGCUUCGGUAUCCCUCGUAUCCCGAGACUCAAGGAUGGGUUUACCCCGGCAUCGGAGAAUUUCAGUGCUAUGACAAGUACAUGGUGGCAGACUGGAAGGAGGCUGUGAAGCAGGCGGGGCAUGCGGAUUGGGAGAUGCCGGGAAACGCCGGAACUUACAACGACACGCCGGACAAGACGGGAUUCUUCAAGCCAAACGGGACUUACAAGACGGAUUUCGGAAAGUUCUUCUUGACAUGGUACUCCAACAACCUCAUCAUCCAUGGCGAUCAAGUCCUUGAACAAGCCAACAAAGUUUUCGUUGGCUUCCGCGUCAACAUAGCUGCCAAAGUUUCUGGAAUUCACUGGUGGUACAAUCAUGUCAGCCAUGCGGCGGAGCUCACCGCCGGAUUCUACAAUGUGGCGGGAAGAGACGGUUAUCGCCCUAUUGCCAGGAUGCUGGCAAGGCACCAUGCCACUCUCAACUUCACUUGUCUUGAGAUGAGAGACUCCGAACAGCCCGCCGAGGCCAAGAGUGCUCCUCAAGAACUCGUUCGAGAGGUGUUGAGCAAUGGAUGGAAAGAGUAUAUUGAUGUGGCAGGUGAGAAUGCACUGCCAAGAUAUGAUGCCACGGCAUACAACCAAAUGCUUCUGAACGUCAGGCCAAACGGCGUCAAUCUUAACGGCCCUCCCAAGCUCAAGAUGUCUGGCUUGACAUACCUCCGUUUGUCUGACGAUCUGUUACAGACAGACAACUUCGAACUCUUCAAGAAAUUCGUCAAGAAGAUGCACGCUGAUCUGGAUCCGUCCCCGAACGCUAUCUCUCCGGCGGUGUUGGAGAGAUCAAACUCGGCGAUCUCCAUUGAUGAACUGAUGGAAGCCACGAAAGGAAGCAGGCCAUUCCCGUGGUAUGACGUCACAGACAUGCCGGUGGAUGGCUCAAACCCGUUUGAUUGAUUAGGAUGACAUCACCCUCCUCCCUGCUGAACUACUGCAUGUAUUGUGGAUUGUGGAACAAUAAAUUAAUUAAUAAAUAUUAUGAAUAAAUGAAUCCAGCUUAGCUUUCAGUGCUGAAGGUGAAGGAGGAGCAGAGAAGGUAGUGUUUGGAUAAUGUUGAGGAAUUAAUAAAAAAAAAAUGGACUUGAGAUGUUGUGCAAGCCAUUCAUUAGUACGUAGCUUCUUAUAUGAAUUAUAUGAAGCUAAGA